AUGUCAAAAUUGUGCAAUCAUAGAAAGAUUCUCAUAAUUAGUAACGUCCUCGUUCCCCAUAUUCGACGAUUGUAUCAAACGCAGAAAAUUGAACUCUGUAAGGAAUGCGGACAUAAAGUACAUCUCACGAAGUGUUUGGCCACGACAUGCAAAAGCGAAACAUCGAAGAACGUUUGCGACGGCAAACCCAUGAAAUGGCCGAGCGGAGAACCUGCCAAUUUCAAAUUUCAUCAAGAAACCGAGACUAUAUUAAACGAACAGAUUAACGCUGAGUUUAAGGCCUUUUAUUAUUACUUAUCUAUGGCAGCGUAUUUUGGACGUGCUGAUGUCGCGUUGCCCGGCUGCGAAUCGUUUUUUAUGCAAAUGCAUCAUGAGGAACACGAGCAUGCUCUAAGAUUUCUCAAUUACGUUAAAAUGCGUGGAGGGCGCGUCAAUUUAUGCCCGAUACAGCAUCCAACCGAUCAAGAUUGGCAAUGCCCGUUAAAUGCUUUCAAAGUAGCAUUGAAUUUGGAAAUUGAAGUGACAGAAAAGUUAGUCGCAGUAAAUGCGGUUGCGGAAAAACAUCAUGAUUUAAAUGCAAGCGAUUUUAUCAUUACCGGAUUUAUGGAGGAUCAGAUGAAGAGUGUGAACGAAAUGGGAAGAUUCGUGGCAGUCCUCUCAGGAAUCGGUGAUCAGGGACUGGCUCGGUUCAUGUUCGAUAAGGAUUUGCUUGAUAAUCACGUCGUACCGAAAUUUAAUAUCCUUCGCACGAAACGACCGAACGGAGUUGAUAAAUAGGUCCGAUCGCACUCCCGCCUUUUACAUGUACUAUAGUCGAGUCACUGUACUGUAUUACAUAUACAUUUAUACAUGUAACGUCUACACAUAUUUGUAAU